CAGGACAUCCCGGGAGCUGGGAAAUGGGAGUGUUGACAUUCAAGGACGUGUCUAUUGAAUUCUCUAUGGAUGAGUGGGCCUGCCUGGACCCUGCUCAGCAGCAUUUGUAUCAGGAAGUCAUGUUGGAGACCUACAGAAACCUGGUCUUCCUGGGUCUUGCUGUCUCUAAGCCAGACCUCAUCACUUGUCUGGAGCAAAGCAAAGAACCCUGGAAGGUGAAGACACAGCAGACACUACUCAAGCACCCAGCUCAUAAGAUAAUUCAUAUUGGAGAAAAACAGUACAAAUGCAAAGAAGGUAGCCAAGUCUUCCAAUCUUGCUCAAGACUCCAUAAUGGAGAGAAUCUCAACAAGUGUAAAAAUGAUGACAAAUUCCAUAGACACAGUACAAAGUAUCAUAACCAUAAGAUAUUUGAGACUGGAGAAACACCCUGCAACUAUAACAAAUGUGAUAAAAUUACUAAGCAGCACUCACAUAUUUUUGGCCAUAAAAUAAUUUAUUCUGGAGAGAAACCGUACAAAAGUCAAGACUGUUGCAAAGCCCUUAAACAGUACUCAAGCAUUUCAGGACAUCAAAGAAUUUAUUCUGGGGGAAAACCCUACAAAUGUCAAGAAUGUGGCAGAGCCUUUAACCGGCACUUAUACCUUUCUGUACAUCAAAGAAUUCACUCUGGAGAGAAACCCUACAAAUGUGAAGAAUGUGGCAAAGCCUUUAACCAUUACUCAAACCUUUCAGAACAUCAAAGAACUCACUCUGGAGAGAAACCCUACAAAUGUCAAGAAUGCGGAAAAGCCUUUAACUAUUAUUCAAACCUUUCUGUACAUCAAAGACUUCACUCUGGAGAGAAACCCUACAAAUGUCAAGAAUGUGGCAAAGCCUUUACCUGGCACUCAAACCUUUCUGUACAUCAAAGAGCUCACUCUGGAGACAAACCUUACAAAUGUCAAGAAUGUGGCAAAGCCUUUAACCAUUAUUCAAACCUUACUGGACAUCAAAGAACUCACUCUGGAGAGAAACCAUACAAAUGUCAAGAAUGUGGAAAAGCCUUUAACCGGCACUCAUGCCUUUCUGUACAUCAAAGAACUCACUCUGGAGAGAAACCCUACAAAUGUCAAGAAUGUGGCAAAGCAUUUAACCGCCAGUCACACCUUUCUGCACAUCAAAAAAUUCACUCUGGAGAGAAACCCUACAAAUGUAAAGAAUGUGGCAAAGCCUUUAACCAUUAUUCAAACCUUUCUGAACAUCAAAGAACUCACUCUGGAGAGAAACCCUACAAAUGUCAAGAAUGUGGCAAAGACUUUAACUAUUUCUCAAACUUCUCUGUACAUCAAAGAAUUCACUCUGGUGAGAAACCCUACAAAUGUAAAGACUGUGGCAAAGCCUUUAAUCGCCAGUCACACCUUUCUGCACAUCAAAGAAUUCACUCUGGAGAGAAACCCUACAAAUGUCAAGAGUGUGGCAAAGCCUUUAACAAUUCCUCAAGCUUCUCUGUACAUCAAAGAAUUCACACUGGAGAGAAACCCUACAAAUGUCAAGAAUGUGGAAAAGCCUUUAACCGCCAUUCACAUCUUUCUACACAUCAAAGAAUUCACUCUGGAGAGAAACCCUACAAAUGUAAAGAAUGUGGCAAAGCCUUUAACAAUUCCUCAAGCCUCUCUGUACAUCAAAGAAUUCACUCUGGAGACAAACCCUACAAAUGUCAAGAAUGUGGAAAAGCCUUUAACUAUUACUCAAACCUCUCUGUACACCAAAGAAUUCACUCUGGAGAGAAACCCUACAAAUGUCAGGAAUGUGGAAAAGCCUUUAAUCACCAGUCACACCUUUCUGCACAUCAAAGAAUUCACUCUGGAGAGAAACCCUACAAAUGUAAAGAAUGUGGCAAAGCCUUUAAUCGCCAGUCACACCUUUCUGCACAUCAAAGAAUUCACUCUGGAGAGAAACCCUACAAAUGUAAAGAAUGUGGCAAAGCCUUUAACCAUUAUUCAAACCUUUCUGAACAUCAAAGAACUCACUCUGGAGAGAAACCCUACAAAUGUCAAGAAUGUGGCAAAGACUUUAACUAUUUCUCAAACUUCUCUGUACAUCAAAGAAUUCACUCUGGUGAGAAACCCUACAAAUGUAAAGACUGUGGCAAAGCCUUUAAUCGCCAGUCACACCUUUCUGCACAUCAAAGAAUUCACUCUGGAGAGAAACCCUACAAAUGUCAAGAGUGUGGCAAAGCCUUUAACAAUUCCUCAAGCUUCUCUGUACAUCAAAGAAUUCACACUGGAGAGAAACCCUACAAAUGUCAAGAAUGUGGAAAAGCCUUUAACCGCCAUUCACAUCUUUCUACACAUCAAAGAAUUCACUCUGGAGAGAAACCCUACAAAUGUAAAGAAUGUGGCAAAGCCUUUAACAAUUCCUCAAGCCUCUCUGUACAUCAAAGAAUUCACUCUGGAGACAAACCCUACAAAUGUCAAGAAUGUGGAAAAGCCUUUAACUAUUACUCAAACCUCUCUGUACACCAAAGAAUUCACUCUGGAGAGAAACCCUACAAAUGUCAGGAAUGUGGAAAAGCCUUUAAUCGCCAGUCACACCUUUCUGCACAUCAAAGAAUUCACUCUGGAGAGAAACCCUACAAAUGUAAAGAAUGUGGCAAAGCCUUUAAUCGCCAGUCACACCUUUCUGCACAUCAAAGAAUUCACUCUGGAGAGAAACCCUACAAAUGUAAAGAAUGUGGCAAAGCCUUUAACAAUUCCUCAAGCUUCUCUGUACAUCAAAGAAUUCACACUGGAGAGAAACCCUACAAAUGUCAAGAAUGUGGAAAAGCCUUUAACCGCCAUUCACAUCUUUCUACACAUCAAAGAAUUCACUCUGGAGAGAAACCCUACAAAUGUAAAGAAUGUGGCAAAGCCUUUAACAAUUCCUCAAGCCUCUCUGUACAUCAAAGAAUUCACUCUGGAGACAAAACCUGCAAAUGUCAAGAAUGUGGAAAAGCCUUUAAUCGCCAGUCACACCUUUCUGCACAUCAAAGAAUUCACUCUGGAGAGAAACCGUACAAAUGCCAAGAAUGUGGAAAAGCCUUUAACCGCCACUCACACCUUUCUGCACAUAAAAGAAUUCACUCUGGAGAGAAACCCUACAAAUGUCAAGAAUGUGGCAAAGCCUUUACCAGGCACUCAUACCUUUCUGCACAUCAAAAAAUUCACUCUGGAGAGAAACCCUGUAAAUGUCAAGAAUGUGGCAAAGCCUUUAACAAUUCCUUAAGCCACUCUGUAUAUCAAAGAAUUCACUCUGGAGAGAAACCCUACAAAUGUCAAGAAUGUGGAAAAGCCUUUAACCAGCACUCAAACCUUUCUGAACAUCAAAGAAUUCACUCUGGACACAAGCCUUCCAAAUUUAAAGAAUGUGGUAAAGCCUUUCAACGCAGUACAACUCGCAGUAAACAUCAAAGAAUUUCUUGUGGAAAGAAACUCUAAAACUUUGAAGAAUGUGGCAAGGCAUUUACACUUUAUUCCACCCUUUCUGGACAUCAAAGAAUUCAUUUUUGAGAGAAACUCUGCAAAGGUCAAAAAUAUGAUAAAGCCUUUCAUUAGUAUGUGAACCUUUCAGACAUUUAAGAAUUUAUUCUGGAGAGAAACAUUAUAAAUGAGGACUAUCCUCACUGUACAUAGAAAAAAAUCCCUGAGGAGAGAAACUCCAUAUGGAGACUGUGGCAGUGCCUUUACCUGGUGUUCAUAGCAUGCUAAGCAUAAAAGAAUUCAAAUUGGAAAGAAAUCCUAUAAAUGUGGAAAGUGUGGCAAUGACUUUAACCACAGCUCAAACCUUACUACACAUAAGAACAUUCAUAUUGUAGAGAAAUCUUACAAAUCUGAAAAAUGUGGCCAAGGUUUUCAGUGGUCCUCAGUGUUAGCAAACAUAAGAAAAAUCAUAGCAGAGAAAAAUGGUAACAAUAUGAAGAUGUUGCAAAGCCUCAUGCCAGUAGGCACUGUUUUCUGUACACCUUAGAAUUCAUAUUUAACUAAAACCCUACAAAUGUCAAGAGAUUGACUACUGUUUAACUAUAGUAGUAGUUACUGUAUAGUUCAACUGAUUGACUACAAUGUUUUAAUGCUUAAACCAUUGUAUGAAUGAAAAAUUUAUAAUGUAGAAAUGACCAACAAAUGAGAGGAAAGCAUCAUAUCCCAUGAGCAGUACUCAUUUUAGUACAUAACAGAAUUCAUAGAGAAAUUCUACAUAUGUGAAGGGUGUGACAAUAUCUUUUUUUUUUUUGCAGUUUCUGGCCAGGGCUGGGUUUGAACCCGCCACCUGCAGCAUAUAGGUCCUGUGCCUUACUCCGUUGAGCCAUAAGUGGCCCCCGACAAUAUCUUUAAAUGUGUCUCACGCUUUACUAAUCAUAAUUCAAAUAGAAGAAAUACUCUACAAAUGUCAGUCAUGUCUCACAGCCUUAAAGUUGUGCUUAUCCUGUUAGGUAGGGCUAAGGAGGGCAGGGGCAGAUGAUACUAGGAGAUCCUUUGUCCUUACUAAAAAGGAGAAAUUGCGCAGAGGGUGUUUCCAUAAAACAAAAGCUGACUGAUAUUUGUUCUACAAAGUUGAGUCUCAUAAUGUAGAGAGGCCACAAUGUGGAGAUAUGGCCAAGGUCACAAAAAAGGGGUCUUUGGAUUGGGCAUGCCAGUUAGAUGACAAUAGGCUCAAGUGACCUAUUCUCAUUAACAUAGUACAAAUUACACCAGUUCUAUCAUGCUCUACAAUUUCAAUGACAAAUAGUGUGCAUUGAUUAUGAGGAUAGAAAUGGGAGGACUCUCCAUUCUGGAAGGUUUUUCCAUUUCCAAAAAAAAUCACGAAUAUUUUACCCCCAUACCACUUAACCUAGUAUUGGAAAAUCUGUGUCAGGGGAAACAUCUUACUAAUCCCAGGAUCUUCUCCACUUGAAACUGAGAUCUGUGUUCCUUUUGUGAAGUGUACAGUUCUUUAUAAACUUUGUCCUUUUGCACACUUGUAUCUGCUUGUUCUGCUUAUUCGUUUCCCUGUCUUGGUUGUAAUAACCAUGGUUUAGCACCUGGAACAAAAAAAGGGAACACAUACCUCACCUCUGCUCCCCUGAUAUCUGACAUUUAGGUGUUACUAUCUGGGAGGAAAAUAUACAUCUUCAGCAAGAUAAGCUAAUGGAACAAUAGACAUUCUGAAUUCACUCUGCCUGCUGGAUAUUACUUGUUACUCCUACAUCUCUCUUGCUGUCUUCACUUCCGGGUAAUGUAGUUCCUUACCUGCCCCUAAUUCAUCUGCUUUUUUCUUCUUCACCUUGACAAUGCACUUCAUGUCCCAGUUAGUGCUGAUAUUCAGAAGCUUAAAGGGGGCCAGGUUCCACAAGCAGAAUGUAAACCAGAUUUUUAAGGUCCAGGUAAGGAGAAUGGGGAUGAGUGGACCAUAAGGAAAGCCAGGCCAUAAGCAGGUCAAAGAGCAGAAGGAAGUUUUUGAAAUGGUUUCUACCACUAUGGAAAAAUGUUGCCAGGCACUGCGUUCCCCUAGAGGCUCAGGCAAAAAGUCACCCAGCCUGAGCCCUUUCCUAAUAUGACUGUGGGUUCCUGAAAUAAGAAAUGGCUCAGGAAGGGGCCUGUGCUGGGACUAUGCCCUCACUACUAGAGAGAUGCACCGGAAGUGACAUUGCCCUCUCCUGGAGUUAGAGGAUCAUAUUCGCCUUAUAGCCCCUGUGAAAUCCCUGAACCAGCACUGAUCCUCUGGAACUCUUCAGUUUGAUGUACAAACUGCAGCUUCAGAGCAAGUUCAGCUCGGAAGGCUGAUUGUUGGGAAGCUGUCUCUCUCUGUCACAGUAAAGAAACUGAUGUUCCUAACAGAGCCCACUCCUCUGCUCUCCCUGGACAUUCGGGGCCUCUUUUUCCCUCUCCUAUAUCCCUUUUAGAAAUGGAAGGUAAAAUACAAACUCCUGUGUUUUCUAAAGUCCCUCUUCUCACUGAUGUUUCUGUUUAUCCCUUUUUAGUGCUUUACAACUGCCCCACCUUAUGUUGGGAUGAACUGUCAACUUUAGGUUAGAGACCUAAAUCCAUGGGCCUCCUUUCUCAGGUGUUUAUAAAGUAAAGAAUUUACUAGGAUGCAAUUUUCUUUCAAAAUAGGA